UCCCUGCAUGACUGAUUAAUUGCAUCAUCCCAUUGUGAGAUGCUCCACCCACAAGGAGAAGCCAGGCAUUCCUACCUGGAUAUAAUCUGAGAUGGGAAACACCAGAAGCAGCCUGUUUCCACUGGAUUCCCAGAGGAAGACCAGACCCAUCUAUACCAGCACUGCACCUUCAGAGGACAACUACACCCUUCUAGAAGAUCAUUGCUUCAAGAAAACCACAUCUGUGACUCCAGGAGGACUGCAGCCACCAUUUGAUUGGACUGCUACCAACAGCCAGAGUAACCAGGUGUCAGGUUCUAUUCUGACUCUCUCUGCGUUUGGUUUUUUGGGUUUUUUGUUUGUUUGGUUUGGUUUUGUUUUUCUUUUUACGGCUGCAUUUUUAUCCAAAUUUUAAAAUUUUUAGUUUAGGCUGUGGAUAACAGGAAGAUGCCCCUGGACUGCCAGGCAGGUGAGGAAGAAUUCACUGCCCCUUUCCCCUUCUCUCCUGCUCCAUCUCCCAGCCCAGCCUGGCCCCGGCUGCAGGACAGCCCCGCUGCCGACGCCGUCCUGCUGGGGCUGCACUGGGGGGAUCUCCUUCCCUUUCCCUCUGGCACAGAGGCAAAUCCCAUCCUCUCCUUGUCCUUCCUCUCCCAGACAAGGAGCUGAGGAUGGAGACCAGGGAGGACAAAUCCCCUCAGCAGAACCUCAUGGAAGAGGCCGUUUUGGGUGGAUCCACAGCACAGGAAUCCAAUGGGGAGGAGAAGCCCUGGAGAUCUCACACGAGGAAGGGCUCCAAAUCCAUCCCAGUGUGCCCUGAUGAGGAAAUACCCACCCUGUGCCAGGAACGUGGCCGGAGAUCCAGCGAGAGCUCAGACCUCAUGACCCAUGAGCAGCGUCAUGACAAAGAGAGGCGCUAUGAGUGCUUGAAGUGUGGGAAGAGCUUUAGCCAGAACUCCUCUCUGAUCCGCCACCACAGGAUCCACACUGGGGAACGGCCCUACCAGUGUGGGGAAUGUGGGAAGGGCUGCAGAGACAGCUCCGACCUGAUUGUCCACAUGAGGAUCCAUAAUGGGGAGAGGCCCUAUGAGUGUGUGGAAUGUGGGAAGAGCUUCAGCCACGGCUCCAACUUGACUGUCCACAAGUCUCUCUGCCUCUCUCUCUUCUCCUGA